AUGACUACUACAGCACCAAUCUCCGUCAAGUCUGACUCGGGCAUGGGAAGGCAAAAAAGAGCGCCUUUCCACUCGGAUAGGUCGAAAAUGUGGUGCAUUAGCGACAACAACUCAGGCAAGGACAAAGAGGAAGCGGUUGAGGUGGCAAGGGAAGAGGAGGGCGGGAAGGACCAGGACAAUGAUGACCAAGACGCAGACAGCACAGCCAGUGCAGACAGCGGCGGUUCGAUCUCGACACCAGAGUCGUCGCCUCCCAGCAAUCGUCAUGCGAUCCUGCAUGGUGAAGACCAUGUCAGUACGAGCGCGUUCGGGGCAUUUGAUGCCAACGGUAAAUGGACAUGGUCCAAGAUACGACCUCAAGAUUCAGACGUUUCAGACAAUGGGAUUCCAUCCAAGAUCUGCGCAAACGGAAACGGGCAACGCGUGCUCAAUCGUCAUGAUCGUUCUCACAUGGCCAUGAUAGGCAGUAUCGGUAAGCUGAGUGCACAACCAACUCCUUGCAGCCUGUUCUGGACACAACCUCGUGACGUUUCUCACGACGAUCUGCAGGAUUCGGAUGAUGACUCGUACGAUGUCGUCGGCUUCACAUCGUAUCAUCCACGCGAGACGAGCGGCGAAGCAGAUAGCAUCGUGGUGCCAGUUCGCAUUUGCGUCGAAGACGACUCUUCGAGCGACGAGAGCGAGUCAAGCGUCACUACAAACUCGUCUAGUGGCAGUGACCCGGAAGCACGUCGAAGGGCUCGCGUCCACAUGCUUCAACGUUUGGGUCGCAACAUCCCCAUUCCUCAGCGCCGUGCAUCUACCAUAAAGCUUGGCCAUGGAGCUCCUCGCAGACCACCGUCGCUGGACGAAAUCUCGAAUCGUGUCGUUUCAGGCUGUACCAACUACUAUGCGAAAGGCACACCUCCAACUAGCGCUGUGCCUCACCAGCAACGAUCUGUGAGCUGUCCUGCACCGCUCCCGUUGCAGCGAGAAUGGUUCGGAGAGGUCCAAGUCAUGGUAACGCCACCUACGCCGCAAAUGCCUGCCGAGAAGAUCCCUGGCGUCGUACUCAAGAGUCCACACAUGCCCUCUUGUGCGUUCUUCACCGACGCACGUGGCAAUCUAGUUGCGCCUGCGUUUGACGUGGCACCGGGACGCCAGAUCAUGCUCGAGGAGAGGGAACGGCAGGCAGAAGCGUGGUUAAAGGCGUACAGGGAGCAGCAGCAACGACAGUAUCAGCAACAGCAAGAACGACAGGCGCUGCAUCUCACAUUGGGAGCUGCUGCACUGGCUCCGCCGAUGGCUACUGGUGACCAGGCGGCUGCCACCUUUGCGCCAAUUAGUCCACCGCGUCGAAAGCCAGCUUCGUCUAACUGUGGACCUGGGCCUGUCGCCGCCACAUCGCUGCUCCCCUUUGGUGGACCUCCAAUCCCACCUCGCCGACGAAGUCUUGGAGGACAGCGUCAGGCUUCCGCACAAUUGCAUGCACAAGUCACCUCCAAAGUCGUUGAUCCGGAUCAAGCUUGUACGCGGCGACCUUCUCCUGUCGAGGUGCGCGGUUGCAUUCAGACGCCGGUUGAUUUACCGAGCACGACUACAGCAACCCCUGUUACUCCAAAUCGGCGGUCACUUGUAGCGAGGCUCAGUUUACGCAAGUCCAGCAAGGAGAUCCAGGCAGCUUGCGAUUCUCUUCGGAUCCCGCGUAAAGCUGUGCCUACUGCUGCUUAUGACUGA